GCCUCACACCAGGAAACUAAACACAUCCACAGACCACAUCCAGUAGCAGACUAAACACCGCGUGAUGAUGACACUGUUUUAUUUUGAGAUUGUUAUAAUUAACCCUUCUGAGUGCCAGUGCUGAGAUACAGAAAAACAACAUGAUAAUUAGGAUAUUUUGAUUGAGUAAAUAUCAAAUGGCGCUACCAAAGUUAAGGCGAUGCUGUGGCUGCUUGUCGCUGGAACGAGGAUGUUUGCUUCUUGGAAUCUUGUCGACAAUAGCCUGCAUAUUAAACAUAGCCGCUGGAUCAUGGAACCUGCCUCGCCACAGAGAAAGGGAGAGAGAAGAUAACCUCAUCUCAAUGACAAUGAUCAUGUUUUCAACGCUGUCUGGAAUAAGCAAUGUUGUGGUGCUGGUCGGAAUCGGAUGGAGAAGACCGGGCUGUCUGCAGUUGUCGAUCCUGUUCAAUUCCGUGUUUAUGCUCUGUAUAUUCCUGGUUGCCAUUGUGACUUGCAUCUUCAGUCCUGAACUGACGCCACAUUUGAAGAGCCCUGUCAAUGUGACGCUUGUUAUAUUGGCCCUACUGGCCGGAGCUGCAUACUCUAUGUACUACCUGAUCGUAGUGAACAGCUUAUACCGCAAGAUGAAGAUGUCCGACAGCGAGAGUGCGUUGCCGAUGUGAUCGAGAUAAGAGGACUGUGCCUUCUGCUUUUGUAAUGUUAUUAAAUAAUAUAUCUU